AUGAGUUUCCUCGACUCCGUUCUCUCGUCUCUCCAGUCGGGUAAGCCUGCCCAAGCCCCGCUGUCUCGGCCUCCAGCGGCCCCGGUCACAUCCUCAACAGCGAAGAAAGAUGAUCGACGAGUGGAAGCAGCGCCUCGACCACUGCAGACUGCUGGGAAUGCGAGUACAGGAAUAAAGCGCAAGGCCGAGGACCAACUGCCUCGACCCUCCAGGCCUGAGAGCCAACCGGCUAGCAAGCUCCCAUCUGGUCGGCCAGCAGUAUCGUCUGCGAUGCCCAAGGUCGUAUCAAAGUGUGCAUCCCCUACUAUGGUCAAACCUGCUUCGCCGAAACUCGUCCCUAGGAGCAGUACCACACCAACUAGCACGACCCCGGCCGCGAGAGCUGUACCUGCGAAGCCAACAGUGGCAAAACCGGCACUGCCUAAAAUGACGGCCUCCAAACCGGCAGUGGUCACAGCAACCGCAUCCAAACCAGCAGCAGCAAAGCCAGUACCGGUCUCGUCUAAGCCACCACCAAAGGGCUCCUUCGCCGACCUGAUGCAGCAAGCCAAGGUCAUGCAAGACAAAGCUCCAACCCAGCUGGGUAUGCUCCGUCAUCAGAAGGUACCAAAGGAGAGACUGAGCAAAGUCGAGCGCAAACGACGACUGGAGGAGGCCAAGGCACAAGAAAAAGCCGCACGCUUAGGAAAGCGCCCCGCGCCCCCAAGCUCGGCUGCUGCUGGCAAAGCUCCUGCCAAGCGACGAACGCCCGAGCCUCUCUCAUAUAAAGGCACGGCCAAGCCAUCCCAGACUCCCGAGCCUACUGCGUAUCAGGGAACGGCAGGUCGACAAUCUCACCGUGGCACUACCGAUCGUCGUCCUAGCAAACGUCGCAUGGACGAAUAUCUCGCGACCGACGAAGAAGAGGAGGGCGACUUUGGUGACUACGGUAACUACGACGACCUCUACUCGGAUGCUUCGUCUGAUAUGGAAGCUGGCUUUGAUGAUGUAUGGGAAGAAGAAGAUGCUGCCUUGAAAUCUGCUCGGAAGGAAGAUGAACAAGAAUUGCAGAGGGAGACGGCCGCGAAAAAGGAGAAGCUAGAGCGCCAGAAGAAGUUGGCAGCUCUUGCAUCCCGCACCAAGCGGUAA